AUGGAUUCGUCCCAGUCGUCCCAGUCGUCCCUCAGCCCUACAUCUAACUGCCGAGUCAGCACGAUUGCCGGCCGUCCAAUCAUCAGCUCCACAACUCACCGGCCACAACCAAGCAAGCAAGCUCAACAGCUUCCAAAAGCGACUUCUGUGCUCCGUAACGGCGACUAUCUCGAGGUCGAGCAACCUCGACGCGCCGCCAACAUUACUUCGCCUGCACCGCAGACAUCCACCCUCCCACCCAGGCCCACGGCUUCUUCUGGUUCAAAUAGCGAAAGCCCGCUCACUGCGCGCCCCCCACCGCUCCAGCCCCCGAAUCAUUCCCCGUCCUCUGCUCACGCCAUUCAAAGCCCUCCCAAGCCGUCUGGGUUGAUUGCGCACAGUGAAGGACAUCUUCCGGAGGCGGGCGCGCGUCGUGUGGAGCAACCUCGUAUGAGGUCGUCCAUCGCGUGCGCUCGUUGCCGCAGAUCCAAGGUCAAAUGCAUAAACAGUGGUGUCAAUACGCCCUGUAGGGCUUGUGAGACUACCGGCCGAGAAUGCACGUAUCCACCGCCAGCAGUCCCUGGAGGCAGUGGCUUGAAGCGUGAGGGAAGCGUGAGCGGCUACGCAGGAGCUGACGCAGCUGCGUUCGGGGAGACGCCCAAGCGACACCGAGCGAAGAAAAGUACCACCUCCAUCCCAACUGCUACUGCGAUUAAGAACAGUCCUCGACUCGAGAUCGACGCGCUAGAUACUGCUAUCUUGACUCCAAAGGUGUGGGCCGAGCUGUUCGAGAUUUAUCAGCUCCAUUUCUCGACAGACUUGCCAUUUCUACAUGCCCCGACAUUCCUCAAAUCGCUACGGCAGUCCGCGUUGCAUUCGUCAAACUAUGGCGUCCCCGCUCAAGAUAGCGAAAGCUCAACGCCUUUGCCUCCGGCUUCGCCAGUUUUAUUGUUGGCCUUCCUAACUCUGACUUCCCGUUUCCACCCGCAGCUCGUACUCUAUCUUUCUCCUCCAACCGCGACUCGCCCAAGUCAGCCCCUCGUUGCAGCCGAAUACUACUUCCACGCAGCCAAGGCGCGCGCAGAGGGGAUGUACGGUGAGAACACAGGGGUCUCUGAUCUCGAGCGCACACAAGCUCUUCUUAUGCUUGCCCUUCACGAGUGGGGCAUGUGUCGCGGCGUCCGUGCCUGGCUUGCCGUCGGUGUGGCCAUUCGAUCAGCGCAGGUACUUGGCUUGCAAUUUGAGCGGGAGCUGGACGAUAUACCAAUCGCUACGUCUCUGGCCAUGAGCGCCGAGGCAGAACAUAUGGGUAUAAAUCCGCACCGUAGAAGCUCCUCGUUCGGCAAGGGAGGUGCUUUCGUCGAGCAAGAGAUUCGGAGACGCACUUUUUGGAGUUGUUUUGCCAUGGACAGAUAUCUCAGCAGUGGAAAAUACCGACCUCAGAUGCUCAACGUGAGCGAUCUUCAGGUGCAGCUGCCGAGCAGCGAAAGGGCAUUUCUUUUUGGCGAAAAGGUUCGAACGCUUCAGUUGGGUGAGGAGCUUAAUGAUAUGACUGGCAGAGUGGAGGCGCAGAGCCAUCGUCGGAGUUCAAUGGUACUGAGGACUGACGACCGCGAGGACGAAGAGAACGGCAGAUGGGAAGUAGGAGCCGAUGAAGGUGCUCUCAGCCGUUACCUGAAGAUCCUGGAUCUCUACGGUAGAAUAGUCAAAUGGUCUUGUGCCGGAGGCAGAAGCAGACGCGAGCAGUACCCGCCUUGGGACGAACGAUCGACGUUCUACGAGCUGCAUCGCAGCUUAAAUGCGUUCGACCUAUCACUCUCACGACACCUGACUUUGUCGUCAGCGAACACUUCGGCUCAUGUUUCCCAAAGAACAUCAACUCCGUACGCAUUGAUGCACAUGGUUCAACUCCUCUGUAGAAUUAUCUUGCAUCGGGAAUAUGUUCCUUUUAUCCCAUUGCGGUGUACCAGACCUCAAGGUCCACUCGACCCACCACUGUUUCCGGCUGACAAGUAUACGGUCCCCACCGGCUUCUGGGAGCAAAGCGCGCGGGAACUCUUCAGAGCGGCGCGCAAUCUCAUUGACUUAGCAAGGACAUGUCACGAGUGGGGCGUACUUGUGGAAACACCAAUCGCCGGGUUCGCAAUUUACACGGUAGCAUUUGUCGGCGUCUAUGCUAUCAACUUCCCCUGGAUGGACCCGGACGGCUACAUGUGCAAGCGGUAUCCAUCUGCAAACUCACGUACUGACGAGAUGACUGUAACCGAGACCGGCUCCGGUGCAGAGGCUGCUCGCAAAGCGCUAGAACUCGUAGGCCACAUGCGAACUCGGCUGCAAAUGGCAGACGGCUGGUUCAGGACGAUCAGACGCUGCCACACGUAUUUCACCCGGAUCAAGAAAGAUUUCCGCCGCAACGCCAAGGCCCUGGCAGAGUCAGGCCAUCCCCCAGAAUCUUACCGUCAACUGAGUCUGCGCGAAGGGGGCGUCGGCGGCGGACUGGAGGAGUACAGGCUACUGGAACGGACCCUGCAGGAAUUCGGCAACCUGCAAGAUGAGGAUGACGACAUGCCUGACGCCACAGACGAAGACGCAGUCGGACUUACUCGGUCCAUGUACGACGGGAGCGAAGAAGGGAGUGCGGCCGUGAGAAGCGAGGUCAUGGAUCUACAAGAUCCAGCCCCAGAGAGCGCGGGACUGCGUCAGGAGAGGUGGAACGCAAUCAACACCGUUGCUGCAGCCGCUAGUGCAAAUCCCCCGGGCCUAACGCCUUCAGCCUCCACCGUCUCGACACCGCAGUCUCAAUACACCAUUUCGCAGUCCGGAGACCGAUUCCGCUACCACCAGUCCGGGGCGCCCUACGGAACCUCGUCUCCGAACUCGCUCUCCACACCAGCAACAUCAGCCCCCCACAGCCUCCCAAUGUACAGCCAGAUCUUUCCCACCGCCCAAGCCGCCCCGCAACGAGCGUCUCACUCGCUCCAACAACAGCUCCAUCCUCCUGCGCAGCCGCAGCCGCCAACUUCAGCACCACCGUCAUGGAGCGAGAAAGAAAACUGGCUCAACAAUCUCGACACGCGCUUUGGCGGCGACGACAUCGCGGCCUUUGUCGCUGGCAACAACUGGGAAGACUGGGCUAGUUCGGCUGCGAAUGCAAAGGGAGCGAGUGGCUGGCUUAACGCUGUCUGGGGCGGGGCGGCGGCGGCGAAUGCGGCGUGA